GGUCAUGGUUGGCCACUUUAUUUUUCACUACUCUGCGAAAACAACCUGUGAAAUACAUUUCUCCAGCAUGUAUUGAAGAAGCCCAGCUUAACUAUUUUCUGUUCUGUCAGGUGACUGUGUGUUUAACCUCCACUCAGGAUGGACGAAAACACUUUAAAACUCCUGGCGAAACUCACUCAGGAGGGACAGUUAAGCGCUCUGGAUAAACGGAUAACAUUAGGUGGCUCGGCGGUGGCUCAGACUGUCAGCAGCAAACACUUCGGUCGGUCAGGGGACACCCUGCUGCACUACGCUGCCAGAAAGGGACACCUGGACAUUGUGGAAUAUCUAAUAAAGCAGGUAGGCAUGGAUGUGGAGGUGUACAACAACGACUACAAGAGGCCGCUGCACGAAGCUGCGUCUAUGAGCCACCAGGCUUGUGUUAGCUACCUGCUCCGGGAAGGAGCCAAGGUGGACAGUCUGAAGAAAGCUGACUGGACUCCCCUGAUGAUGGCCUGCACCCGGAGAAACCUGGCCGUGAUCCAGGAGCUGCUGCGCCACGGCGCCGACCCUGCACUGAGAAACAAAGACGGCUGGAACUCCUUCCACAUUGCCUGCAGGGAGGGCGAUCCCCUGGUCAUACAGCACAUGCUUCUUGUCGCGCCGGAUGUCUGGAAGACGGAGAGCAAGACGCGCAGGACACCACUACACACUGCAGCGAUGCACGGCUGUGAGGAGGUUGUUCGGAUCUUGCUGGAGAGAUGUGGCUACACCCCCGACAGCGCUGACAGCUGUGGAGUCACUGCUUUCAUGGACGCUGUCAGGAACGGACACAUUUCUGUGGCCAGGCUGCUUUUAGAGAAGCAUCAGGCGUCUCCCACAGCAGCGGACAUACUUGGGGCUCAGGCGGUGCACCAGGUGGCUGUCACCGGCCAGGAGGAGGCGCUGCGGUAUCUGGUGCGGGACCUGAAUGUAGACGUCAAUCAAAGAGCAACUGGCAUCCAGCUCACUGCCCUGCAUUACGCUGCAAAGGAGGGCCAUACGUCCACUAUAAAAACACUGCUGGAGUUGGGGGCAGAUCUUCAUGUUCGGGACAAAAAGGGAAGAACUGCUCUCCAUAUGGCCUGCAUCGGGCAGCAUGCAGACGCCGCCGGGACACUCCUGCAGCUCGGACUCAAAGACUCCGAGGAUGCGUGUGGCACAACAGCACGGCAGCAUGCCAGGAAACCAGACGUAGUGCGAGUGUUUGAAUGUGGCUUACAGGACCCAUUAUAAACGAUACCUUAGUUAUACAGAACACAGAUUUAGGUAUAUAACAUUCAUAUAAGUAAAGAAAAGAACCUGAAACAAGUAAAGUCAAACAGUUUAGGUUGUGAAGAUUAGCAUACAUCUUUACUUGCACUGUGUUGUGUAGUGGACACAUGACUUUAAAUAAAGUCUGUCUUUAGUCUCUUA